UAAUUUUGUCUGCAGUGGAGAUUCCUAUUGAAGCCAUUGCUACCAACAACAAAAUCUCGUUGCGUUGGUGAGAGGCAGGUCUUCUUCUUGUGCUGAGAGGGACAUAAAAGACCCAGAUUUCACGUAAUCUAAGACCAACAUGCAAGCAGCUUCUCAUUGCUAUCCUCUUGUUCACUUUUCUGGAAGAGGCAGGUAUAGUAAGGUGAGUAAUCACUCAAGUGUAAAAAUUUUGAGCUUGAAUUGGCUUCCCCAGAAAUUUGACUUUAAUCAAGGAGCUCAGAUCCAGAAGAUUUUAAAAUCUUCCAAACCGAAAAGGUUCUGUGUGAUUCCCAACUCUAAUGAUAGUUAUCCAAGUCUCUCUGUUUCUGAAGAGGACAAAACUGCAUCUAAAAAAGACACAUCUACAAUGGAAGAAUGGGAAUAUGGAGGAGAAGCGUUCUUGAGUAAGUGGUCGCCUCCCAGGUACUUAUGGAGGGGAUUAUCAGUUCUUAUCUUGGCAGGACAGGUUAUUAUUAGGAUUAUGAAGGGUAAAAUCCACUGGAAGAAUACUCUUCAACAGUUGGAAAGAGUUGGACCUAAGUCAGUUGGUGUCUGUUUGUUAACUGCAGCUUUUGUUGGCAUGGCCUUCACUAUCCAAUUUGUUAGAGAAUUCACUAGAUUAGGGUUAAAUAGAUCUGUUGGUGGGGUGUUGGCCCUUGCCUUUUCAAGAGAGUUAAGUCCAGUUGUCACAUCAAUUGUAGUUGCCGGGCGUAUCGGUAGUGCAUUUGCUGCGGAACUGGGCACCAUGCAGGUAUCUGAGCAGACAGACACGUUGAGAGUUCUCGGUGCAAAUCCUGUUGAUUAUUUGGUGACACCAAGAGUGAUUGCUUCCUGCAUUGCCUUACCAUUUUUGACCCUAAUGUGCUUUACAGUUGGAAUGGCAUCCAGCGCCCUUUUAGCUGACGGUGUUUAUGGAAUUAGCAUAAACAUAAUCUUGGAUUCUGCUCAGAGAGCUCUCAAGUCAUGGGACCUUAUCAGCGCGAUGAUUAAGUCACAGGUUUUUGGUGCUAUUAUAUCCAUCAUAAGCUGUGCUUGGGGAGUCACCACACUGGGAGGUGCUAAAGGGGUUGGAGAGUCUACUACUUCAGCGGUAGUUUUAUCUCUUGUUGGCAUAUUCGUAGCGGACUUUGCUCUCUCAUGUUGUUUCUUCCAGGGUGCUGGUGAUUCCCUGAAGAACUGUAUGUAACAUUUCUUAUGUUUUCCAUUUUUUAAAGUUCCACAAUAUGUUAAAAGU